AGCACCUUCUGUUGGGCCACCACUUCGCUGGACACAGCACCUUCUGUUUCCUCCAGCAUGCGCUCUCUCCAGCUCCUACUCAGGGCCGGUGUUGCCACCCUGCUUCUGGUUCUCUGCCUGCAUCUGGAGAUCAGCAAAGCUCAGGAAUACACACCAAAAAAGCCAUUGAUGAUGAGCAUGGAAAUAAAUAAAAGUAAGGACACAGAUAAUGAAAUCCUGUUAAAUGUCACAAUUAAAACAGAGCUGAAUGAAUGUAUGGUGGUUAAAACCUACCUCGGUAGCAACGUCUCCAUGGAGGGUGAAUUCACCUACCGAUAUACUUACUGCCUCUGUAAAGAUGCUCCAAAGAACUUAUACUGGCAAUUUGAGGUCAAAGGCCCUAUGAAAAUUGUAGCAGUAUCUGACAUUACUCGGGAACCAGGCAUCUGCCCUAAUGAAGAUGCCGUGAUCCCCAUCAAAGCAAACCGGUAUUUUAUCUAUGACACCUUAGAAGUACAAUGAUAAUGGAAAUUCUUGUCUGUUUACCACACACAGGUGGUCUCCUCUGAGGAAACUUGGCUGGAAUAUCUGU